AUGUGGAAAAAGGGAAACCAAGGAGAGAUCCUGUGCAAUAACUGCACGGGGAAGAGCACCAGCAGUGGAGCAUCUGGACCCUCGGCGUCCUCCAACACACAACAGAAUAAUGGCGGGGGCAAGCAGGUUGUUUGUCGUUUUGAGCACAUACACUGAAUGUACAAAACAUUAGGAGCUCUUUCCAUACCAAGUGAACGCUCUGAUUCCUUAUUGAUGUCACCUGUUAAAUCCACUUCAAUCAGUGUAGAUGAAGGGGAGGACACGGGUUAAAGAAAGAUUAUUAAGCCUUGAGACAUGGGUUGUGUAUGUGUGCCAUUCAGAGGGUGAAUGGGCAAGAAUUCAGAGGCUGAAUGGGCAAGACAAAAUAUGUAAUUGUCUUUGAACGGGGUAUGGUGCCAGGCGCACCAGUUUGAGUGUGUCGAGUUGCUAGGUUUUUCACGCAGAACAGUUUCCCAUGUGUAUCAAGAAUGGUCCACCACCCAAAGAACAUCCAGCCAACUUGACACAACUGUGGGAAGCAUUGGAGUCAACAUGGGCAAGGAUCCCCGUGGAACGCUUUCGAAUUGAGGCUGUUCUGAGGGCAAAAGGGGGGUGCAUCUCAAUAUUAGGGAGGUGUUCCUAAUGUUUUGUACACUCUGUACCUAGGCCUGCACUAGAAUGUACUGUGCUCCCCUUAGUGACUGUACCUCCAUACUCUUCUAUUUGCAAGGCAAAACAGAAAACAAUAUAUGCAUGUUGACACAUUGUCACCCAGAUGGAGAUGUAAUAUUGGUAUUUGACACAUCUUGCCCACAGUCUAAACAAGAGAUCCACAGGAGAUCAGCACGGUUGAGGAGCACCAAGUACAAAGCCCCUGCCUCUGAGAAAAAGGUGUCUACCAAAGGAAAAGGAAGAAGACACAUAUUCAAACUAAAAAAUGUAAGUACAUAAUUAGUUCAAAUACACAGGAACUCUAUCUUUGUGUUGGAUUGUCAGAAGUCACAGUUGUUGAACUCUAAGCUCCUCCUAAAUUUUUUUAUUUUUUCCCACAGCCAAUCAAAGCACCCGAAUCUGUUUCCACGAUCAUCACAUCAGAAUCAGUAUUUUAUAAGGUAUGUUUACUUUUUAUAAAUCCUUUCCAUACAGUAUGUUAGCAAACAUAACAAACAUAUCUGUUGUAUAAUGUAUGCCACAGAUAUGUAUAGCUGUCAGCAAUAGUUCUGCCUUCGUUUGUCAUUGUGCAGGGUGUGUAUUAUCAGAUGGGAGACGUCAUCAAAGUGACAGACGAGGAUGAUGGGAGGCCGUACUAUGCACAGAUCAGAGGUUUCAUCCAGGACCAGUACUGUGAGAAGAGUGCCGCAUUGACUUGGUUGAUACCAACCCAGGCCAGUCCUAAGGACCUGUUUGAUCCUGCCACUUACAUUGUUGGUGAGUGAUGAUUGAAUCUGAGUAUUUAUCAUUUUUACAUUUUAGUCAUUUAACAGACGCUCUUAUCCAGAGCGACUUAUAGUUAGUGAGUGCAUACAUUUUCAUUCAUUUAUCAAAAAAAAAUUAAAGUUACAUUUGAGCACACAGAAAUAAGUUAUUUGUCUCUUUCUGAACAUUGUGUAUAUGGGAGUAAUGUCACAGUGGACUCCAAGACCACUACUAGCUGAUAAUGUUUCCAUUACUGAUUACCUGAUUGCUUCUAUAGGUCCAGAGGAGGAUCUGCCCAGGAAGAUGGAGUACCUGGAGUUUGUGUGCCACGCCCCCUCGGAGUACUUCAAGUCCAGGAGCUGCCCCUACCCCACCAUUCCUAUCCGUCCAGAGAAAGGCUACAUCUGGACCCAUAUUGGACCCACGCCGGCCAUCGCUAUCAAAUAA